GUUUCAGCCAAUAAGGAAGGGCUUACCAUGUGGGUUCUGGAACACAGCUUGUCAUUGCUUGUAUAGUGAUGGAAAGGAGUCAGAGGGAGGUAGAACAGGGAGCUGUAGGCAGUCAUUAUCCCUGCUGUAGAUUGGACUAAUUCACAUGUGAUGCACUCCCUCGGAGACGAAAUCAAAGGGUUCUCUAAGAAUAAACUCAGGAAGCAAUGUACCAGAGUCACAACCUUAUCUGGGAGAAGGAUUAUAGAGACAUGGAAGGACUCUGUGGUACAUGCUGUGGAUGACCCAGACCAGAAAGAUGGGCCAGGAUGUGGCUAUGUGCAGGACAUGAGUCUGGACCUGCAGGUUGGGGUUAUAAAGCAAUGGCUGCUGCUUGGUAAGUGCAUCCCCAUUUGUCUUUUUUGUCCAGAAAUGUUAAAUUUACUUCGCAUUUUCCACAAUUUGCUCUGUACUUAAUAACCCUGAUAAUAUUGAUGAGUUUAUAAUCAGUAUAUUUGUUAUUUUAUUGCAUACAGAGAUAUUUAAUUUAAAAUGCCGACACCUGUGUUUUAACCUGUUUUUCUAUUUUUAGUAUUUUCAGUGUUUUUAACUGAAGCUAUUUAAAUUUUUCUAUACUUUGUUCCAGCAUGAUUUCACAGGUGGUUUUUUUUUUUUUUUUUUUAUAACAGCCCCUAUAUGUAUUUCACAUUUAAGGUCAAAAUAGCCAAAUUGGAAAAAUUCUCUAAGUCAGCUAUGCUUUGAGUUUAGCUACUCUGGCUUCAGAUUUGAAAUACACUUUGAAUUUUUAUUUUAGCAAAUAAACCUGUUUAUGUAUUUUAAAGACUAUACUUUAAACAGUGGUAUUUACUAAAGGUGAGAUUUGACAGACAUCCAAUGUGGUUUUAAAAUUUAAGAGGAUAGUAACCAAACUGGUAGCAUAGUUAAAUAUUCAAUUUCUAUUUUAACCUUAAUUUAGACAAUUCUCUCCAGUAUGUUACCGCAUCAGUGCUUUCUUUUGAUGCCCUGUAUGAACAUUUGACACAAAUUGAAUUCAAAUACAAUAUUGCAGGGUUACUCCAACCACCACGACCACUUCAGUGGUCAUGGUGCCUGAAGUCUGUAUAUGCAGCAUUUCACAUUAACCCUGCCAGAGGUGUUACUCCAUCUAAUUAAAGGACCACUAUAGUGCCAGGAAAACAUACUCGUUUUCCUGGCACUAUAGUGCCCUGAGGGUGCCCCCACGCUCAGGGUCCCCCUCCCGCCCGGCUCUGGAAGGGGGAAAAGGGUUAAAACUUACCUUUUUCCAGCGCUGGGCGGGGAGCUCUCCUCCUCCGAUCCUCCUCCUGGGCUGAAUGCGCACGCGCGGCAAGAGCUGCCCGUCGCAUAGGAAAGCAUUUACAAUGCUUUCCUAUGGACGCUGGCGUGCUCUCACUGUGAAAAUCACAGUGAGAAGCACGCAAGCGCCUCUAGUGGCUGUCAAUAAGACAGCCACUAGAGGAUUAGGGGGAAGGCUUAACCCAUUCAUAAACAUAGCAGUUUCUCUGAAACUGCUAUGUUUAUGAAAAUAUAGCAGUUUCUCUGAAACUGCUAUGUUUAUGAAAAUAUGGGUUAACCCUAGCUGGACCUGGCACCCAGACCACUUCAUUAAGCUGAAGUGGUCUGGGUGCCUAGAGUGGUCCUUUAAUUGGCUAAUUUCAAUGCUGUGCAAUUUCUACGAUUCUGCAGACGCCAGAUGCACGUCGCCUUGGAUAUUUGGAUACAGACGGAGACUCUGAUAAGGGGCAAACCGCUGCUAAAUGGUUUGCCACAUUACCGGGAAUCAGACAGGGAUAGUCCCUGAAUUUUGUAAUGUCUUAUUGUUAUAAAUCAAAUAGUAGAAGGAGUGAAUUACUGUUUGUUGGCAAUAUACCAAAUAAGGAUCGAUCACCAUGGAAAAGUAUAGAAUGUCUGUGAAUAUCUAGCACUUUACAUCCAAUAUAGCAGCUGUUUUGCCUAGUUAAAUCUCCACAUAAAAUUUGUCUAAGUUCAUUCAACUUGUAGUCCAAGCAUACGAAAUUAAUAGGAUAAUUAUCUAAAGUGAGAAUUGCUGGGAAUUCAAAGUGACUCAAAUUUAAGGCCAAAAUACCUAAACUAAAAACAGAAUUGACUUUGAGAACUAUACUAAUUCAGCAAUUGUGGCUUAAAUUUUUAAAUUCACUUUAAAUUUCUCACUUUUAGGUAAUAAUCCUAUUCAAUUGUUAUGCUUGGACUGCAAGUUUAAUAGCGGUCACAAAAUCACUAGACAAAAAUACAUGUUUAUUGAAAGUAGAGCUCCUUAGGGCAUUUAUCUUCGGGAACAAUUUUUAUCACAAGUGGCUGUCAAAACCUAUACUUAAUUUGUUUUAUUUUCAUACACAUACAAUUGAAAUUUCUCUUCAUAUAUUGUAAUUAUGAUGCAAGCUGCUGCAGGAAAAACAUUAGGUUCAAUUAAAGAAUAGUAAACCCAAAUGAAAGCUUUAUUACGUGUGUGUGUGUGUGUGUAUAUAUAUAUAUAUAUAUAUAUAUAUAUAUAUAUAUAUAUAUAUAUAUAUAUAUAUAUAUAUAUAUAUAUAUAUAUAUAUAUAUAUAUAUAUAUUGCGCAAGAUAUACUUUUUCACACCGAUGUUGUUUUGUCAUGAAUUUCACACAAUUGGUGUGUCCAGUGGUCUAUUUUGGUUCUGUACUGCCCUAGGCAUGACUAAACGUGGGCACCCCCUGAAUUACAUGUAUCCAACCCCUUGCUGUCAAGGUUUUUCCUGUUUAAGUCCCACCCUUUCCUCAUUUGCAUCCACCUUUUCCUCUUAGAACUCCACCUUCGUAUCUCAUCCAUAUUCCACACUCUCACUGAUCCAUACUUGCACUCAUUGGCACACAGACUGUGAAAGUAACACACACUUUCACUGACAGAACAUGUCCACACUGAUACACAUUCACUGACAGACACACAGUCAUUGUCUCACUGACCCAUACACGCAGGUUUUAACCAACACACACUUUCACUGAAAGACAUCCACUAACACACUGAAUCACUGACAGAAACACACUCUCAGAUACAUAUACACUCAGUGAUUUGACACACGAACACACACAUUCACUGACAGACAAAAAAAUUAACACACUCACUCAAUAACAAGACUAACACUGAUUUGGCACACAUUAACAGACACAGACUCUCACUGAUUUUACACUCCCUAACAUGACAGUCGCUGACAGACACAGACUAUCACUGAUUUGAACUACAUACAUAUUCUUGUUCAACACACUGUUCUCCCAUUUAAACUCCAAUAGGAGUGCAGCACUUUCCAUGCAUGCUCUUUUCAUCACUAAUUUUCAUUUUAGAGGAGAAUUAGAUUAGACGUUUAGAAGCAUGACGUUGUUUGAGGCAGAUUGAGCGGCUGCAGGGACUCUCGGAACUGGGGGGAAAUGGGAGUAAUUUAAAGGGACACUAUAAUCACCUGAACAACUUCAGCUUAAAGGACCACUAUAGGCACCCAGACCACUUCAGCUUAAUGAAGUGGUCUGGGUGCCAGGUCCAGCUAGGUUUAACCCUUUUUACAGUAAACCUAGCAGUUUCAGAGAAACUGCUAUGUUUACAUUAGGGUUAAUCCAGCCUCUAGUGGCUCUCAUUGACAGCCGCUAGAGGCGCUUCUCACUGUGAGUUUUCACAGUGAGAAGACGCUAGCGUCCAUAGGAAAGCAUUGAGAAUGCUUUCCUAUGGACUGACUGUAUGCGUCCAUUCAGUUGAUGACGGAAGAAGAGGGAGGAGAGUCCCAACACUGGGAAAAAAGGUUAGGGAUUAACCCUUUCCUCACCCUUCAGCGCCACGGGAGUGGGACCCUGAGGGUGGGGGGACCCUCAGGGCACUAUAGUGCCAGGAAAACGAGUAUGUUUUCUUGGCACUAUAGUGGUCCUUUAAUCCCUUAAGGACCAAACUUCUGGAAUAAAAGGGAAUCAUGACAUGUCACACAUGUCAUGUGUCCUUAAGGUGUUAAUGAGGUUGUUCAGGUGAGAACUAUAGCUCCCUGCAGCCUUUCUCAUGUAAACACUGUACAGGGAGUGCAGAAUUAUUAGGCAAGUUGUAUUUUUGAGGAUUAAUUUUAUUAUUGAACAACAACCAUGUUCUCAAUGAACCCAAAAAACUCAUUAAUAUCAAAGCUGAAUAUUUUUGGAAGUAGUUUUUAGUUUGUUUUUAGUUAUAGCUAUGUUAGGGGGAUAUCUGUGUGUGCAGGUGACUAUUACUGUGCAUAAUUAUUAGGCAACUUAACAAAAAACAAAUAUAUACCCAUUUCAAUUAUUUAUUAUUACCAGUGAAACCAAUAUAACAUCUCAACAUUCACAAAUAUACAUUUCUGACAUUCAAAAACAAAACAAAAACAAAUCAGUGACCAAUAUAGUCACCUUUCUUUGCAAGGACACUCAAAAGCCUGCCAUCCAUGGAUUCUGUCAGUGUUUUGAUCUGUUCACCAUCAACAUUGCGUGCAGCAGCAACCACAGCCUCCCAGACACUGUUCAGAGAGGUGUACUGUUUUCCCUCCUUGUAAAUCUCACAUUUGAUGAUGGACCACAGGUUCUCAAUGGGGUUCAGAUCAGGUGAACAAGGAGGCCAUGUCAUUAGAUUUUCUUCUUUUAUACCCUUUCUUGCCAGCCACGCUGUGGAGUACUUGGACGCGUGUGAUGGAGCAUUGUCCUGCAUGAAAAUCAUGUUUUUCUUGAAGGAUGCAGACUUCUUCCUGUACCACUGCUUGAAGAAGGUGUCUUCCAGGAACUGGCAGUAGGACUGGGAGUUGAGCUUGACUCCAUCCUCAACCCGAAAAGGCCCCACAAGCUCAUCUUUGAUGAUACCAGCCCAAACCAGUACUCCACCUCCACCUUGCUGGCGUCUGAGUCGGACUGGAGCUCUCUGCCCUUUACCAAUCCAGCCACGGGCCCAUCCAUCUGGCCCAUCAAGACUCACUCUCAUUUCAUCAGUCCAUAAAACCUUAGAAAAAUCAGUCUUGAGAUAUUUCUUGGCCCAGUCUUGACGUUUCAGCUUGUGUGUCUUGUUCAGUGGUGGUCGUCUUUCAGCCUUUCUUACCUUGGCCAUGUCUCUGAGUAUUGCACACCUUGUGCUUUUGGGCACUCCAGUGAUGUUGCAGCUCUGAAAUAUGGCCAAACUGGUGGCAAGUGGCAUCGUGGCAGCUGCACGCUUGACUUUUCUCAGUUCAUGGGCAGUUAUUUUGCGCCUUGGUUUUUCCACACGCUUCUUGCGACCCUGUUGACUAUUUUGAAUGAAACGCUUGAUUGUUCGAUGAUCACGCUUCAGAAGCUUUGCAAUUUUAAGAGUGCUGCAUCCCUCUGCAAGAUAUCUCACUAUUUUUGACUUUUCUGAGCCUGUCAAGUCCUUCUUUUGACCCAUUUUGCCAAAGGAAAGGAAGUUGCCUAAUAAUUAUGCACACCUGAUAUAGGGUGUUGAUGUCAUUAGACCACACCCCUUCUCAUUACAGAGAUGCACAUCACCUAAUAUGCUUAAUUGGUAGUAGGCUUUCGAGCCUAUACAGCUUGGAGUAAGACAACAUGCAUAAAGAGGAUGAUGUGGUCAAAAUACUCAUUUGCCUAAUAAUUCUGCACUCCCUGUAUUUUCUGAGAAAACACAGUGUUUACAUUGAAAGCUAUGAACACCUCCAGUUGCAGUCACUCAGAGUGAACCAGAGGGACUUCUGAGUUGAUGGAGGCAUAAUAUGCCUCCAUCCACUCAGAUCUGCUGACAGCAGAGCACAGGGCAGCACUGUGCACAGCAUCCUGUGAUUCAGUAUCUCCUCCCUCUGCAUGCAGACACUGAACUUUCCUCAUAGAGAUUCAUUGAUUCAAUUCAUCUCUAUGAGGAGAUGCUGAUUGGCCAGGGCUGUGUUUGAAUCAUGCUGGCUCUGCCCCUGAUCUGCUUCCUUGUCAGUCUCAGCCAAUCCUAUGGGGAAGCACUAUGAUUGGAUCAAGCUACCACAUGUCAGCAGACUGCUUGUUUUUCUGAGUCUAACAGCAUGCAGAUUUACAGCUUCAGGCUUGAAUACAGUAAGAUUUUUACUAUAUUUAUGGAGGCAUGAGGGGCCUAGUGGGGCUAGAUGGUGAUGUUAACGCAAUAGGGUCAGGAAUACAUGUUUGUGUUCUUGACCCUAUAGUGAUUUUUUAAGUAAGGAGGAGAACACUAAAAAAAGAGGUUGCAAGAGGGUACGGAGAACAGACAACAGCUUGCACUUCAGUGAAUGGUCAGUUCUUAACCUGGUUUUAGCUCUUCUCGUGCCAUUACAGAGAGAAUCCAAACCAUUUGCACAUCUGACUGCUUCCACCCAAAAGGGCCGUCCAGAUCAGAAAUGCAGUCCGGCUUCCUUUGUAUGCGAGAUACCCCAAACAAUCGUUUCAGCCUUGUUAGGCUUUACUGUGUUGAUUCCCUUUAUAUAUUUAAAUGUUUCUAUCAUAUCCCCCCGUCUUGUAUUUCCUCCAAGCUAUACAUGUUAAGUUCCUUUAACCUUUCCUUGUACGUUUUAUCCUGCAAUCCAUGAACCAGUUUAGUAGUCCUUCUCUGAACUCUCUCUAAAGUAUCAAUAUCCUUCUGGAGAUACGGUCUCCAGUACUGCGUACAAUACUCCAAGUGAGGUCUCACCAGUGUUCUGUACAAUGGCAUGAGCACUUCCCUCUUUCUACUGCUAAUACCUCUCCCUAUACAACCAAGCAUUCUGCUAGCAUUUCCUGCUGCUCUAUUACACGGUCUGCCUACCUUUAAGUCAUCUGAAAUAAUUAUCCCUAAAUCCCUUUCCUCAGAUGUUGAGGUUAGGACUGUAUCAAAUAUAUUUUACCCUGCCUAGAAGAAAGGGUGAGUGUAGUGAGGGUUGUGAAAGUCUAGUCAUUCAAUGCUAGCUAUCUAAGCUUAGUGAUGAGUGACAUAAAAAAUGUACGAUAGUUAGAGAGUCAGAGUAAUUAAUUGAGUAGCAGUUGCAGAUAUUGAUUCUAUUGUUUUGGCCCCUGUGUGGAUUUUAGUGCUAGUUCAGGCACAUUAGUAACAUUCAUUGAACCAUAGUUUGGGACAUAGAACAUAGAUAUGUUCCCCUGAUGAGAUUAGAUGCAGAUUCAUAAAUUGUUCAAUGAAAAAAUCUAUAGUUAUCUCUUUAUUUAACCAAUGUAUUAUGUAAUUUAGAUUCAGUGAUUUCAUUAUAUUUUUUUGAAACCGGGUCCUUGUUCUAAAGAUAUCUUCCUCUGAUGGAGUGGUCAGUACAGUACUUUUGUAUUUUUGCAGUGCAUAUGAUCAUAACAUACUGUCUGCUUUAGUUUUCUUUAAAACAUAAGACAAAGUAUGGACUACUUUGUCUUAUGGAGGUUUCCUACGCCUGACCAUCUCUGACCAGAGGAGGAACAAAGUGUGCUCUGUUUCCUGUGGUCAUGACAUUUUCUCACAAUUCUUAACUUUCCUCCGUGAUCUCGCGAUGCCUUCUGUCAGUAUUCCCGACCAUCCUGUCAUUUAGACAGAACGCUGGCGAAACUACUGAAUUUCGUUCUAACAGAAUAAGAACAGUUUCUCCAUUCGUGUCAGGAAGCAAUUCGGAACUUUGUUCGGAUCGGAAUUUCAUUUGAAUGAAUGAAACUCUAAUCCUAUUUGUGCCGCGGCUGCAUCUUGCAGCCCCUUAGUAGAUAACUCACUAAUUCCCAUGGUAUCAGGGAGCUAUAUACCAAAAGGCUGAAAAACCUAAAUUGGUCUUUCAGCCCAAUGUACUAAUACCAAGUAAAGAUUACAGUAAAUUCUGCCCUACUCGCUAUGCUGCAAGUAGGGGCAUGUCUACUAAACAGUGAGCAGCCAAACCCUAGUAUUCCCCCUCCCCAGCCCCCACCCAUGCUGCACGAGUGGGGGCUAUUAAACUGAAGGGGGGGGGACCUAUUGUCCUCCCCCCGGCUCCCACCCGUGAGCGGCUGUUAGGGGCCCUAAAUUACAAUGGGGGGAACCUAUUGUCCUCCCCCCGGCCCCCACCCCUGAGCGGCAGACGGGGGCCCAAACGAAAAUGGGGGGAGACCUAUUGUCCUCCCCGCCCCCACCCAUGAGCGGUGGGUGGUGGCCCAAACGAAAAUGGGGGGGGACCUAUUGUCCUUCCCCCUGCCCCAAAUAAAAUUCAAUCCCUACCUACCCCCUCACCCUAAAAAUGAGGGGGAGACAAUAAAAGUACCUGGGGGAUGGGGAGAAUUAGACUUGCCAUUAGUGUUAGUGUUCUUUUUUUUUUUUCUAAAGCCUUCAUUCUUCAGCCCCAAAAAAGGCCAAAUAAAAAACCAUAAUAUUAAUUUAAAAAAAAAAAAAAAGCCUGACGCUAAAAAUUAAUCCAUCUUCACCCAGCAAAGGCACAGUGCAGACUGAGCUAUACAGGGCAGGGAAAGGCUUAUAAAGUCUUCCCAUGCCCUGCAAUUUGACUCAGAGCACUCUGGCUGGUUGGCUUGGAAUCCAACCAAUCAGAGUGCUAGUCAUGUUACACAGCGAGGGAAAGUUCUUCCACAGAACUUUCCACAGAGAGUGUUCUGUAUUAAAAGUAUUGUGCUCUAAAGCACUAAUAGUGAGGCAGUGUCUAGUGAAAUUGCAGGAAUUUUUCCAGGGGGGGCAUAAUUGUAAUGACAUCCAUGCUUGGCCCCUUUUUGACAGUGCCAUGAAGGGGAGGAGCAUAGUCAUUAUCACAUAAAGCCAGGGUGAAUAGCGUUUUCACACCUAUGGUGUCAGGAAUACAUGUUUGUAUUCCUGGCACUAUAGUGUUCCUUUAAGCAAAUUAAAGGAACAUUCUGGUCACCAUAACAAGUUAAUCUAAAUGAAAUUGCUAUGAUGCCAGGAAGCCCCUGGGUGCUCUCUUUCCUUUAAGGUGUUAAACCGCUCUCAAAUAGUUUAACCCCAAAGGCUUCCUCCAGCUCCAGGUCGCUCAGUGGUAUUCGGCAUCUGAAACGGAGUGUCAGGAAGUGCAGAUUGACGUCAGGCAAGAGUGGACAGUUGACGCUCUAAGCCAAUCGCUAGUUCCCAGCUCAUAAAAAUGUUUUACUUUUUUAUGAAUGGGUGGCAACUGAUUGGCUUAGAGUGCCAGCUGACCGCUCUAGCCAAUCAGCAGCACCCCUACCCAGUGGCACUCUGUGCUUCCUGACACUCAGUAAAUAAAAGUGAACACAUUAACACUGAUAUUUUUUUUUACCUGGGGAGAUGAGAAGGUCCAGAGUUUCCCUGCCAGGCCCAGGUACCAAAGCCUUAUGAUGUGGUGUCCAGAAUAAAGUGGAGGGUUCACUUCAUUUGUCCUUCCUGCUCCAAUCUCCUUUUCUUCUCCUUCAUUUGACAGUCUUCUUUUUCUUCUGACACUGUCUUCUAUCCUUGGCUCCUUCUGCUCCUUUACCUUUCUGCUGCUUUCUGCUUAUUUUGCGCCCUUCUGCUCCUUUCUCAUUCUGAUCCCUUUCUGCUUUGCGCCCUUCUGCUCCUUUACCUUUCUGCUUAUUUUGCGCCCUUCUGCUCCUUUCUCAUACUGAUUCUCCCAUGCCUCACUCGCCUAAUCUAUAGGCUGCCCCCCCAUGCCUCACUCCCCUAAUCUGUAGGCUGUCUCUGUUGCCUGCAUGUACUGCUCCCCUGCGGUUUCAAUCAGCAGGGAUAGAUGCAACUUCCUAUCCCUGUCUCUCCUUACACAGCGCCACCUACUGGCCGGCGCCGGUAUUGCAGUUCAUUUUAAAUCACUCGAAAAAUAGCAGAAACUGAAAAAUCCAGUGGACUCCCAUGGGCACAUUGCAUUGUUGUUGUUUCCUCUCCCCAUUUACAUCUUUACACCACUUUUCAGAAAAUACACUUUUUUAAAAAAAAAAAAAUUUUUUUUUUUUUUUUUUUUUUAUUCUUUUUUUUUUUGGUCGACAGGAAAUUAUACAUACAUGACAGGCAAGGAUACAGCCACAACGCAGAUUUACACUGGGUACCACAGUGCUCCUAGUGGUUUCUGUUGAUAUGUGCAAUACUCAGUAAACCAUGAAACAAUCAAGAUUGGUUCGGAAAAUGUAAGAGAUUUGUAACAAAAAACAAUCUACAGGUUAGAUUUCCCGAUUUCCCCUCUUCCUCCCCCCCCCAUUUUUAUAACACUUUAUCUCCAUAAUGUAUACCUCACAGCAUUCCACGUUACAAGUAAAAGGGUGCACAUAGGAUAUUGGGUUUCAAAAUGUUUCUGUAGAGCAUGACGUAGCCAAUGGAAAAACUUGUUUAGCAGAUAUAGCAGAUUUAGCCAUUUAGGCAGCAUUUAUGGAAAAUUAGGCCUUGUUAAGCAAUGGUUCUUCCAAAUCCAGGAGCGUGAGUAUUUACUUUUAUAAAAGCUAAAAGACAGUUUAGAUUUUUUUUUUUUUUUUUUGUGUUAAUUAAGUAAGUACAUGCAAAGUAAAUAUGUUUCUAAUGAAAAAACAUUUUACAAUUACAGGAUCCCAAGAUGUUGCACAAGAUUUGGAUGUAAUGAAAAAAUACAAGGUAAAUUGAGACCCUAAAUGGUAUAUAUUAUAUAUUAUUUUGUAUCCCCAGAGACGGAGUAUGUGAAUAAAGUGGUGUGGGAGUGUUGCACGUUGUUCAUGUAUUCUGCUUUUGCAUUGGCCAUAAUGUUAUUUGAAGGAAAGGACAAAGGGGAUUCCCAUGUGUCUGCUUUAAAGGAGCACUCUAAUGUUACACGUAAAAACCUGUAUUUCUAACAUUAGCGUUUACUUCAGUCUGUUUAGAUGUUCAGGCUACCCCCUUUGAAACUUAAAUAGUUUACUCACCUUUAUGCUCAUGCCACACCAGUAUCGCCACAGCGGCUGCUUCCCCUCUAGGGAUGCAUGGGGGGGAGGGGGGAGUGGUUCUAUUGCACAUGCACGGCAUUCAUCAUCCGCUCCUAGAUAUGCAUUAGUUCAGUGCAUCUCUAUGGGGAGGGUUUGGUGUCCUUAUGCAAAGCGUGAAAACAGGGAACGUUACUCAGCCACUAGAAACAGGGUCACAAUCAGGGGGUGACAACCAUGACCUUGGUGGCCCAGCUGCCCAGGCCACAGAUACCUGAUUUGUAGCAGUGGAACUGCUGAACCGAGGCCCACAUGCUGAUGAUGCCAAUCUGAUGGCCCAUGCACUUAGGGACACCCGAUGGGCAUGUGUUUUUCAGGGGCCUGCUCAGUGCUGAGGCCCUUUAAACAUUCUAUUUUUCUUUUGUAGGAUGACAUAGCACACCCUAGCGUCGGGAAGCAGUAAUGUUGUAGUGGUUCUGGUGUAUAUAGUCCUUUAAUUACCGACUUAUAUAAUUACUGUGAUGCAGUUCCUGUACUCCAACUAGGGAUCUUUCCCCAAUCACUAGAAAUACCAUCCUACUGCCUGCCACCAGAUGUGACUGAGCUCCUGUACUCCGACAGCCCAAUCAGCUUCCCAGCUUUUGGUGAGGGAGACCAAACUCUUCAGCCACAGUCACCGAAGCUUGGCUGGGGUAUCUCCAGAACUCAUUCACCCGACCAGACUGCAGCUCUCUUCUUCCAUGCAGGUAUCGUCCCCUCUGCCAAAUUAUCUGCAGCUUUCCUUCCCAAGAAGGUAUCAACAGCUCUGCUUAUAGUGAUUGUCCCUGUCUUAACAAAGACACUUGUGGCUCUCAGACCUAGCUCUCUUGUCAACUUGUCCCCGUGCUGGAGGAAUCAUGCAGCCAGCCAACACAGUCCCCAAAGACUCUGUUACUGGGAUCCCUAAAAAUCUAUACAUGACACACAGUUCCUGCUGUAGCAUACCUCACGCAGGGGCUCCUGGGUCCUGGCCCAUAGUCUGUGGUUAAGAGGCUGGCUUUCGAGCCUCUCCAAAAGGCCCUGGCAUGGAAGCUUCUGUCACACUCAUCAUCUCCACUGCUUCUUUAAUGACAUUACUUUUACCAGUUUUAAUUUUUUUAUAUUUUCCAAGAUUUAAAUUGAGCUGGGUUUCUUUUUUUAUUUUACUUCAUUUACUAUUUUACUACUUUUAGUUGUGUUGUAGUUUACAUUUUUUUUUUCUGUUCUGUUUAAUUGGGCUCCAUUAAAUGCAUUCAGGAGGAGUUUAUGGUGUAUUGAGUUAAAGGGGGGGCUAUAACUUCCCAGAAUUGGAAAAUCUAAAUAUGCAGAAAUUGACACUUCUGUCUUGGAGCUCCAUCUUGGGCACUACCUUCCGAUCUUUUUUUACAUAUGGUGUCCUUUUCUGACACAGAUCUGUACACCAAAACUGCAUCAUUAAGCUAAAUUGUUUUUUGUUGCCUACAGUAUCCCUUUAUGACAUUUAUAGGAAGGCACUUUUCAAGAAAUGCCACCACAUUGUAAAAAUAAUGUUUGUAUGUGACCAUUGUGCCAACUCACAAUAAGUAAGUACAGUUGCACCAACAUUGCAUUAUGGGUGUACUCACUGUACUCGGAGGCCUCCUUGAUUUGCUGCUUAUACUGCGUGUGAUGCAGCCUGGCGUUAUGUUCAGGAAUUAUACUAGACAAUACUUUGCAAUCAGAGUUUGUACAACUCAGAAACCAUUAGCAAAACACUUUUUUUAAUACAGCUAGUUCUGUACUUUCUAUUGUGACGUUUGUAAAGAUUAGCUUUGCUGUGUAAAGGUGCUGUGCCUUCUGUUGUAGCAGUAGGAGAUUUUUAAAGGACCACUAUAGUGCCAGGAAAACAAAUGUUUUCCUGGCACUAUAGUGCCCUGAGGGUGCCCCCACCCUCAGGGUCCCCAUCCCGCCGGGCUGAAGGGGGAGGAAAGGGUUAAAAUCUUACCUUUCUCCAGCGCCGGGCUUGGACUCUCCUCCUCCUUCGGUCGUCCUCGGCUGAACGCGCAUGCGCGGCAAGAGCCGCGCGCGCAUUUAUUCAGUCCAUAGGAAAACAUUCUCAAUGCUUUCCUAUAGACGCUGGCAUCUUCUCACUAUGAAAAUCACAGUGAGAAGCGCGGAAGCGCAUCUAGCGGCUGUCAAUGAGACAUCCACUAGAGGCUGGAUUAACCCUAAAGUAAACAUAGCAGUUUCUCUGAAACUGCUAUGUUUACAGCAGGCAGGGUUAACCCUAGAUGGACCUGGCACCCAGACCACUUCAUUAAGCUGAAGUGGUCUGGGUGCCUAUAGUGGUCCUUUAAGUUAAAAUCACUUGUUACUGUGACAUCAAAGGAGUUCAGUAUAUGACUUUCUUGAAGCUAUUUCCUUGAAAAGUGAUAACAUGGUUCUGUGUAGUAGUAGUUUGCAUUCCAAUGCAGUUAUUCUUUGCAUGUUUUUUGUUCCAGUCUCAUUACGGAUGGUAUAUUUCUCUCUUUUUGUUGUUUAUCUCAAUUUUUUUUUUUUCAUUUUCUUUUUUAUUCACUGUUUUGUACCGUUUACAUGCCUGAAAAUGUUACCAGGGACACUUAUUUUUUUUAUUUUAAUUCUUAAUAAAUCCCGUGUCCAAUUAAAGGUUUAUGAUACAUUGCCUCAGCAGCAUCCCUUGUUCCUCGGAUGUUGGACCUCUAGGUUCACACAGCCAUUUGACCUUUAUUGAUGAAAGAGGAACACUGGGACCUCAGAAGAGGAGAAAUUGUGACACACAGAAUAUUCUGGGCUCAAUGCUUGUGGAAUGUAGAAGAAUAAUCAGACCGUUCCUGAUCAGAAUUCUGGUAUCAAUGAGACAAAAUCUACAGCAACAGACCAUGUCACAAUAAUAACAUACAGGCAGACUACGUGGAGGUACACUUCUCAAGUUUGCUAGAUUUAGUUGUGUAUUUCCCAUUGUAAUGGAUAUUGAUACAUAUCGCCUGAAGGUGGACAACACAGACCCUGGACAUAAGUUACGAUGGACCUCUUGAAAACUAAAUUGGAAAGAAACCAAUGGCAGAGAGAUGAACCAAAAAAGCCUACAGUCACCAGGAUUAUAGAGUAUAAAUCCCAUCCAUGAAGACGUUGCCUUCUCUGAUGGCCAUAUGUAGGUGUAGCCUUUUCAAUGUAAACACUACCUUUUCAGAGAAAAGACAAUGUUUACAUUGCUGUCUAGUAACACCUGUCUGACACACACACACACACACUGACAGACAUAAACACACUGACAAAGAGAGACACACACACACACACACACUGACAUUUUCCAUUUUAAUUAUAAUCCACCCAGCCUCCCUACCUUUUGGGGCUGCUCGCUCAUCCUGCAUGCGAGGGAGCAUUGAUCUACCUGCAGUUCCUCUUUGCUCACUCUAGUGAUGCCUGGGCCGGAAUGCCGUCAUUCCGGCUCCCAGCAUUGCUAAACAGCGCGCGAGGGAGCAUAGAGGAGCAUCAGGAAGAUUACUGCUCCCUCGCACCCUGCCCCUGCCGCCUCCAAGCAGCCCAGGACUGCUGCCUCCAUUCUCUCCCGGGCCGGAAGUCCAGCUCCAUUGUUCCCUAAUCCUACCUUUAGCUAAGGGGCUUCAAAUCCCAGACACCAGGGCAAAAUUUCUAGUCGCAAUGGCAACCUGGCGCCCGGGAUUUGCCGAGCCCCGUAAGUGGUUUCUGCCUCUUAGAUCAAUGGUUCUUAAACCUGGAGUUUGUACCAAAAUUCAGAUCCUCAAUUGUUGGAAAAGGUACAUCAAAUUUAUAAGGACCAGGUUAUUGACUAUAGUAAACUGUUGGUUAUAGGAGCACUGACUGAAGGGCUCAAUAUGUAGAUUUAAUGAACGGUAGUGGCACCUGUCGUGAACAGACUGUUGGUUUGCCUUAGAUAAUGGCACUUUAGGAUAACACAAAAUUACUGCAAAGCACUCAUUGUCCAAUUUAAAUUUAUUUCAGUAUGUAAGUUUUUAAUUUUUUUUCUUGGCUUGAUAUAACGUGUUUUCUGAUUCCUUUUGUAGGUCACACACAUCUUGAAUGUCGCUUAUGGUGUAGAAAAUGUUUUUCCUGAAGAAUUUACUUAUAAGAAAAUCUCCAUGCUGGAUCUUCCAGAGACUGACCUUGAAUCUUAUUUCCCGGAAUGCUUUGACUUUCUAGAGCAAGCAAAAAAGCAGGUAUCAUUUAAAAAAACAUAUUUUAAAGCAAGUCUAUCUGGCAUUGCCAAGCAGCGUAUCAGAACAGCUACAGUUGUUGUACUCAAAAGUUUGCAUACUCUGGGAUAAAUUGUGAAAUCUUGGCAUUGAUUUUGAAAAUAGGACUGAUCGUGCAAUAAAAUGUAUUUUAUUGAACGAUAGUGAUCAUAUGAAGCCACAUAGUUGUUUGGCUCCUUUUUUAAUUCAUAAUGAUAACAGAAAUCACCCAAAUGGCCGUGAUCAAAAGUUUACAUACCCUUGAAUGUUUGGCCUUGUUACAGACACACAAGGUGACACACACAGGUUAAAAAUGGCAAGUAGGGGGGCACAGCCAGCACCAGAGCAGGAUAGUCGCACAGCACAGGAAGGAUAAUGCUACGUUCACCAACAGGGUGGCAGCAGUAGAGGAGAGCACGAAAGGUACAACACUGGCGCAAAAUGCCACAGAUGCCGCACUGAAUGCCCUGGGCAAGCAGUGUGCCGACCAGCAAGUACAACUGGCGGACAUGGAAGUCAGGCACAAGGCACGGAACCUGAGGGUCAGGGGAGUACCGGAGAAAAUCCCUGGCACUGAACUGACACAUUUCUGCUGACGGCCCAUAGCCACGCUGCUGACACCACGGCAAGCGAAGCAAGUAAUAAUUGAUUCCUGCUUCAGCCUCUCUAGGGCGACCUCUAUGCCACGAGAAGGAGCUAGUGACGUCCUGAUAAAAUUCGUGGGAGACUCUGACCGAGGAAUACUUAUGGGGUCUACAAGAAACUCUCCCACAGUGCCGUUUGAAGGGGCACAACUAGCAUUUUACAGAGACUAUUCAAGACACACUAUACAGUAGAGGAAGUCUUUUCAUCAGGUUACACGACUACUACGGGAUUAAGCCAUCCCCUACAAGUGGGGCCCACGCAGACUACAGGCGGGCAAGGCUGGCGUGACGUACAAGCUAUCACACACUUCUGAAAUACUGGCAUUCCUCAGAUCAUUGGGCAUAUCGGCGCAAACAGCACAAGAAACAGCUUGACCACCUUGGACUGUGGCAGAUUUCACCCCCUUCGUGCCCAGAGGAGAGGACCCACAAGCUGCUGCCCUGCCUACCUGAUACAGUUGCAGCCACGUAAGUUCCAUGUAUUUCUACCUGUUGUAGACAGCAGGAGCACUAAUGGUUCCCUGGACUGUUAAUCCCCCUUCCUAGAUAACCUCCUCCCACUGGCUCCGUAAGCUACGGCUCGGAUUAUAUGACCAAGUUAAUUCUCUCCCCUUAUUUUGAGUGCACAAAGCAGAGUUCGGCAAGUGAAUACAGCCUUGUCACGCAAUUAUAGCACUAAGCCCUAUGCCCAUGUCUGUCAGGACCCACGCCAGAUACCCACACAUUUAGACAUGCCUUAGGCCCAAGCCACAUGUUCCAUGCCACUACUAAGCCUAUGGGCACUCACAGCACUAAACGAGCGCCACCAGCAGAUCACCCUCCCAGAUGUGCCAUUCGUUAAUGCCAUACAUAACAUCACACUAACGAGCCUGAGGGCACCCACCACUAUAGGAAAGGAGCCCCCAGCACAUCACCGAUCCCUCACAUGAGAACAGGCGAGAGAGGGCUGUGAAAGCUAUUAAAACUAUAAAAAUUAAUAGUCCCUGCAACCUGUUGAAUUACUGUGUCAUUUGUACAUUAUAAUGGUAAACGUGAUAUUGUAAACAUCAUGCGCUAUCCACAAAAAUAAAGAAUUUAAAAAAAAAAGCAAGUAAAUGUUCAUUUCCCACACCUGUGAUUUUUUUUUUUCUUUCUUGCAAAUAGUGUCUGUGUAUAGUCAGUGAGUUUGUUAGCUCUCAUGUGGAUGCACUGAGCAGGCUAGAUACUGAGCCAUGGGGAGUAGAAAAGAACUGUCAAAAGACCUGCGUAACAAGGUAAUGGAACUUUAUAAAGAUGGAAAAGGAUAUAAAAAGAAAUCCAAAGCCUUGAAAAUGCCAGUCAGUACUGUUCAAUCACUUAAUCACUUAUUAAGAAGUGGAAAAUUCGGGGAUCUCUUGAUACCAAGCCAAAGCCAGAUAGACCAAGAAAGAUUUCAACCACAACUGCCAGAAGAAUUGUUCGGAAUACAUAGAAUAACCCACAGGUAACCUCAGGAGAAAUACAGGCUGCUCUGGAAAAAGACGGUGUGGUUGUUUCAAGGAGCACAAUGCGACGAUACUUGAACAAAAAUGAGCUAAACGGUCGAGUUGUCAGAAAAUAAGUCUUUACUCCGUCAAUGCCACAAAAAAGCCAGGUUACAAUAUGCCUGACAACACCUUGACACGCCUCCACAGCUUCUUGCACACUGUAAUUUGGAAUGACAAGACCAAAAUAGAGCUUUAUGAUCAUAACCAUAAGCGCUAUGUUUGGAGAGGGGUCAACAAGGCCUAUAGUGAAAAGAACACCAUCCCCACUGUGAAGUAUGGUGAUGGCUCACUGAUGUUUUGGGGGUGUGUGAGCUUUAAAGGCACAGGGAAUCUUGUAAAAAUUGAUGGCAAGAUGAAUGCAGCAUGUUAUAAAAAAAAAAAAAAAUACUGGCAGACAAUUUGCAUUCUUCUGCACAAAGGCUGCUCAUGGGACGGUCUUGGACUUAACAGCAUGACAAUGAUCCAAGCACAAGGCCAAUUUGACUCUCAAGUGGUUACAGCAGAAAAAAAGUGAAGGUUCUGGAGUGGCCAUCACAGUCUCCUGACCUUAAUAUCAUCGAGCCACUCUGGCAAGAUCUCAAACAUGCGGUUCAUGUAAGACGUAGGGAUCGACCGAUUAUCGGUCUGGCUGAUAUUUUCAGCAAUAUCGGUAUUGGCCAAUAAGGAUACCAAUAUUGCUUAUAAUGCAGACCAGGGCCACCAUCAGGUUCCUGGGGGACACAGCAGCUUUCUUCAUCUCUCCUGUCUAAUUCUCGCGUUGCCACGGGUUACCACAGGGGACAGGGGAGCUGAAGGGAAGGUAAGUAAGAGUGUGCUGGGCCCCCUCUGCACACUCCAGGCCACUGGACCACCAGGGAAUGCCUUAUUCCCCCCCUCCCUGGCUAGGUAAGAAGCAGGGAGGGGGACUAAAACACAAGUUACAAAAAAUUAAAAUGCCCUCCCCUCACCCAUUUACACACUUAACAUACCUACACAAACACACACACUCUGCAUUCAUUAUAUACACACACUACAUCAAGCAUGUCAAACUUGCGGGCCGCAUGCAGCCCACAGGGACCAUCUUUGCAGCCCGGUGAGCCGUGAGUACAUGCUGGUGUUCUAGCAGAGUAGGCACCUGCUUUCCCCACAUUGCAGUUGUCUACUCUGCUGACACUUACCCAGCCAGGGAGGAAGGGAUGGUGAAUGCAGCGAGGGAGCUCAGCCUUCCUGCUCCUCACUGCUCCCUCCGAGUGCCGUCUGUAGUGAAGCCGGGCGCCGGAAUAUGAUGUCCUAUUCCGGCACCCGGCAUUACUAAACUGCGUGAGGGAGCAGUGAGUAGCAGAAAGGAGAUCCCCCACUGAACCCCAGGGAGAGGCCCCACAUCAGCUCCAAAAGGUAGGGAGCAAUAAAGUAAAGUGUGUGUGUGUGUGUGUCAGUGUUGCAUUGGCUGCGACUGGGCAGUGGAGUACCUGGAGGUGCAAGGAGGCACGCAACGCCAUGUCACAUUCCGACGUGAUAUCAACAUGCUCCACCUGCACAGGGUUUCAUGAAGUAGUGGGAGGAUCAGAUUUGGCACAGGCUGCGGACGGCGCCAUUUGGGGUAUACCAGAGGCCAGACUUACAUACUGGCAGCGGCAAUGUGAUUGGAGUCUACAGGGGGGUGCUGGGAUUUAGUAUAUGGGAGAGGACUGGGCUUUAGUGUAUGGGGGGAGCACUGGGAUUUAGUAUAUGGGGGUGCUGUGGUUUAGUAGAGGGGGAUGCUGGGGGGUUUUAAUACUGUAAUUUUCAAAAUAAACCUACUUUUUAUGAAAACUUAAGGUUUUGUUUUUUUUUGAGGCCCACAUAAACUUAAACCUUGUUUACGUGGUAGACUUUGAGUUUGACAUACACACACUACACAAACACACACACUCUGCAUUCACUAUACAAACACACAGAUACUGCAUUCACUAAUCAAAUACUCUCACUGCAUCCACUAAACGCACAUAUAUUCUUGAAAACAUAAAAAAAUUCUGACUGGCAUGUAUAUUUUGUGCAUUUAUCUUAAUAAAAAAAAUUUUUUGCAAAAAAAGAAAUAAUAAACAUGUUCAGUUAACAGUAGAUUUGUGUAGACAUAGUUUAUUUUUUUUUAAAUGGUAAAUGUACAAAUUAUCGGUAUUGGUAAGUUAUCGGCUAUCUGCCUGGAAGUUCACAGAUUACAAGUAUCGGCUCUAACAAAAUCAAUAUCGGUUGAACCCUCGUAAGAUGACCAAAGACUUUGCAUGACCUGGAGGCAUUUUUCCAAGACCAAUAGGCAGCUAUACCACCUGCAAGAAUUAGGGGCCUCAUAGACUACUAUUACAAAAGACUGCACGCUGUCAUUGAUACACAGUAUUAAGAACUAAGGGUAUGCAGACUUUAAAACAGGGGUCAUUUCAUUUUUUUCUUUGUUGCCAUGUUUUGUUUUAUGAUUGUGCCAUUUUUAUAACCUACAGUUGAAUAUGAAUUCCAUAAGAAAUAAAAGAAAUGUGUUUUGCCUGCACACUUAUGUUUUUUUUUUUUUUUAAAUGGUACAUAUAUCACCAAUUCACCAAGGUUAGGCAAACUUUUGAGCACAACUGUACUGACGUGUUGCACUAAUUCUGUUGCAACGCACAUAUGGGAGUUAAUUGGAUGUAUAAAAAACAUCUGACUAAAAGUGUAAAGAAUUUUAUUACGUUUUACUAGCCUGCAAUGCAAACUGUCAGUUGAUAUUUAGUAACCCUAAAGGACCUUAUUUAAUAACUUUUUUUCUUCAUUGUUACUGUAGAUACAAUGCUUUUAUAAAGGAUUAGCUGGAGAUCUAUCUUGGAUUAUUUAUUAUAGAUUAAGAUCACAAAAGAUUAUAUUGCACAAGUCUUUGUUAUGUGUCGUAUCCUCUUCCCUUUCAUAGAAUAAUUUACGGGAUACCUGAAUCCCGGUUUGUAUAAUGAUCUUACUCAGUUUACAUACGGCUGUUAACACUCGGAAUACGUUUCACCUUUUUAUCGAAGUAAAGACUUAUUGAAAAACAUUCUGUGAUAAUAUCACUCGUUACAGACGUAAACUAGACCUCUCUCAAGCAUUCCGAGGUGCUUGUACAGGAGACUGUUCAAUGUACAAACCAUUUCAUGUAUAUUAAAUGAAUCUAUUGUGUCCUCAAAGGUCAGGGAAUAUGUGCAAUUUCUCAUACAGGUAACUGUUAAAAUCUGCCUGGGUAUAACAAAGCCUGCAAAACGCAUUGUGUAAAAAACACUUUAAUGACAGGUGAUGGCUAUUGAGACUGUAGAAAUGUAUUGCUUUUUUUUUCUAUUUUUGAAUUUUCGAAUUUCAAGUUAUUUCUGAACGCAGUGUAAUGUAUACAUUUAUAUGAAGAAACCAUAAUGAUAUGUGUAUUAUGGAUAAUACGUUGCAUAAACUUUUUUUUUUGUGUGUGUGUGUGUCACGGUGUGUAUCUGUGUGUCAAUGUGUAUCUGUAUGUAUGUAUCUUUCUGUGUGUGUAUCUGUGUUUGUAUGUGCCGGUGUGUGUCUGUGUAUCAUGGUGUGUGUAUUUGUGUAUAUAUACACGUUGACACAUACACACACCUUGACACACAGAUGCACAUACACACACAGAUUCACACACAUUGGGAGAUGCGCGCGCACACACACAUGUUUAAAUUUGUUGUUCACUUACCUUUUUUCUGCAGGAGGAUCCUCAAUGCUGCUGGCUGAAGUUGGCAGCUGCUCACUCCCCACUGCUCCCUCUCCCUCCAGCCGGCUUGUUCUGUCUGGGAGGAAGUGCUGUCCCUUCCUCCCAGCAUCCAAUCUUACAGUGGUCCGGUCGCGGAUUUAGCUGACCGCGGCGCCUGACCGGACCCCUGUUUAGCGAUACCAACUGUGUGGCCCAAAUGCUUGGGCCACCCAACGGGCAAAUCGCCGUGGACCAAUUUUGUUCUAGGUGAAUGAGAUCAGAGUAAUCUGUCCCAGUACUAUCAUAGAAGAUGGGUCAAUAAAAUCCUUUAUUAGUAACGCUAAAACAACACACACACACAAAUGCUUGUUCACUUAUCACAACCGCCACUACUAUAGUUUAUUGUGGCAGUGUGUAAGACAAAAUCUAAAUACACUGAGGGAAGUGAAAAAAUAAUAAAUAAAUAAACUGACAAGAGUUGGGCAGAAACCCAGUCCGGGGUUAAACAGGUGUACCCUCGAAGUAGUGUCUGUUCAGUGCACGCAACACUGUAUCAAUUGGCAGGCUAGAUUACUAGAUCAUAAUUUAUUCGCAAGAGUUGUAGCAAAUAUGUUAUUGUCCUCAAAGUAUCAUCAGCACAGUUUAAACAAAAAAGUGCUGUAUGAUACUACGUACUGUAUCAAGAGUGUAUAGAGAUUACUAGUAAGAUAGCACAGAUAUAGUAAUUGACAAUGGGUGAGAACAGCUAUCUAGGUUACUGCCCAAAAACCAGUAAAAUACCAUGCUCCGAUAAAGUCAAUAGAGACCGAGAUGCAUAUAAAUCUCCAACUGUAUCUCAGUCUAUGGGUUUAUUGUGAAGGUUAGCUGACACAUCUAGGGAAAUAGAACACGUACUCUCUGCUCCUAGUACCUAGAAAGACCGAGCUAUAUUGGUGUAGCCAUAUAAGAUCCCUAGUCUGUGCCUUCGAGGGCACCUGUCUCUAGUUAAUCGGGUAAACUCGAUAGACGGUCAGCGUAACAAUAUAAUCACAGUGAUAAGAAUCACAACUGCGCCAAUCUGUGCCUUCAUAGGCACCGAACUAUGACUAAUCAAUAGAGCUGAACUGGAAGACUGAUCUAAUAGGAUUAAUCUAAUUAAAUGGUCAGUGGAAAGGUCCUAAGUAUCGCAAUUAGAUUAAGCGUAUUCAUGCAAGGUUGCAAAGAGUAUCAGCAAUUCUACCAAAUAGGACCAAAGUCAAGAGCCCCGACGCGCGUUUUGACGAACAAAGGCUCAUCUCCCUGAUGAACCUUUGCAGUUUUAGAGAAACCACAAUAAUAAUUACAUUGCAGGACUAAUUAGAUUAGACUGCCGCUAGAGGCACUUCCUGCUUGUUUUGUGACUUUUGGUCGCCUAACUGAAGCUGGAUGUCAUCACGGUCUGCAUGAGAAUGUCCAGCAUCAGAGAAAACCCCAUAGGAAAGCAUUGCAGCAAUGUUCCAUAGUUACAUAGCUGAAAAGAGACUUGCGUCCAUCAAGUUCAGCCUUCCUCAUAUGUUUUUGCUGUUGAUCCAAAAGAAGGCAAAAAAAACAGUCUGAAGCGCUUCCAAUUUUGCAACAAACUAGGAAAAAAUUCAUUCUUGACCCCAAAAUAGCAGUCAGAUGUCUCCUUGGAUCAAGCAGCUAUUACCCCACUAAUUAGAAAUUAUAUCCCUGUAUGUUAUGUUUUUGCAAGUAUUUAUCCAAUUGCAGUUUAAACAUCUGUAUAGACUCUGACAAAACCACCUCUUCAGGCAAAUAAUUCCACAUCCUUAUUGCUCUUACUGUAAAAAAAUCUCCUUUCUUCCAGCCUAAAUGUGUGACCUCGUGUCCUAUGUAUAGCCCGAUUUAUGAAUAGAUUUCCAGAUAAUGGUUUGUACUGGCCCCGAAUAUAUUUGUAUAAUGUUAUCAUAUCCCCCUCUCAGAUGCCGUUUUUCCAAAACUAAAGAGAUUUACAUUUUUUUAACCUUUCUUCAUAACUAAAAUGCUCCAUUCCUUUUAUCAAUUUUGUAGCUCGUCUCUGCACUUUUUCUAGUGCCAUGAUAUCCUUCUUUAGAAUAGUUGCCCAAAAAACAGCAUAUUCAAGGUGAGGUCUUACCAGCGAUUUAUAAAGAGGCAAAAUUAUAUUUUCAUUUCGAGAAUUUAUGCCCUUAUUUAUACAUGACAAAACCUUACUGGCCUUAGCAACGGCAGAUUGACAUUGCAUAUUGCUGCCUAAUUUGUUGUCUAUAACAAUUCCCAAAUCCUUCUCGUGUGUGGUUAUCCCUAAUUCACUACCAUUUAGGGUGUAAAUUGCUUGUGCAUUCUUAACCCUGAAGUGCAUAACUUUGCAUUUCUCUACGUUAAAUUUCAUCUGCCAUUUUAGUGCCCAGUCCCCAGAUCUAUCCAAAUCCCUCGGCAGCAAGGCAAUAUCCUGCUCACAUUUUAUUACUUUACAAAGUUUUGUGUCAUCUACAAACACAUGGCUUUCAAUGCCCAUUUCAAGAUCAUUUAUCAAUAUGUUAAAUAGAAGCGGUCCCAAAACAGAACCCUGAGGGACACCACUUACCACUUUUGUCCAGCUUGAAAAUUUACCAUUAAUGACAACUCGUUGUACUCUAUCCUUAAGCCAAGAAUAUUCAUCUAGACCAAUUUCUUUUAGUUUGAAGACUAACCUUUUGUGAGGAACCGUAUCAAAUGCCUUGGCAAAGUCCAAGUAGAUCACAUCCACUGCAACACCCUGAUCUAUACUUCUACUUACUUCUUCGUAGAAUGCAAUUGGGUUAGUUUGACACGACCUAUGUUUCAUAAAACCAUGCUGAUUAUUGCUAAUAACACAGUUCUUCCGAAUGAAUUCCUGAAUAUUAUCCCUUAAUAGCCGUUCAAAUAAUUUCCCAGUCACAGAAGUUAAGCUCACAGGUCUAUAAUUUCCAGGCAAAGUAUAAUUUCCAGGCAAAGAUUUUGAACCCUUUUGAACAACAUCUGCCUUCCUCCAAUCGUCCGGUACAAUACCUGAAACAAAAGAAUCUUGAAAAAUUAAAUACAGAGGUUCACUUAUUUCCCCACUUAGCUCCUUAAUAGAGAUGUCGCGAACUGUCCGCCGGCGAACAAUAGCGUGUUCGCGUUGGGCGAACAUAUGCGAUUUCCGGUCUGCCCCCUAUUCGUCAUCAUUGAGUACACUUUGACCCGGAACCUCAAUCAGCAGACACAUUCCCAGGAAGUGAACAGUUCGGCGAGCAGUUCGCAACAUCUCUACUCCUUAAGUACUCGUGGGUGAAUACUGUCAGACUCCGGAGCUUUAUUUACAUUAAUUUUCUUUAAUAGCUGUAGCACCUUGUCUCGAGUUAUCCAAUCACAAGUUAUUUGCAAGUUUGUUGCAGCAAUCAUUUGCUUAUCUCUUGCCAUAUGAUCCUCAUUAAUAUAUACUGAAGAAAAAUAGUUAUUUAAAAUUUCUGCCUUUUCCUGGUCUUCAUUAACUAAUAGACCCAUCUCUUUUUUUCAGUGUAAUGCUUUCUUAUGUGGAUGGCCUAAUGCGCUUGCCAUGCAUGCGCAUUAGCCCACCUCAUGAAACAUAAUGGGGUCUAAUAGCAAACAACAAAUCAUGGUUACUUCAGAACUGUCAUGCAAAAUUAAGGAAAAAAUUGCCAACUUAUCUGAAAUACAUUUUAUCUAACUUGGCUGGUUUGGCCUAACGUUUGCUAGUUGGUUCGCAAGUUUCCUCAGUUCGCAGGUUAGUGAAAAAAAAAAAUGUUUAAAAAAAAAAAAGUGUCCACUGAACAACAUGAUUUGUGAUGAGUGUAACAUUGUUUCUGAUUAGUGAAACCAGGCCACUGAAGAAAUCUCUAUAUGUUUCUUUUGGCAGGGUGGAGUGGUUUUUGUGCAUUGUAAUGCAGGAGUAUCCCGUGCACCAGCCAUCGUUAUUGGUUUUCUAAUGCACUACGACAGACUUAAUUUUGCCAGAGCCUUUUCAGUUGUGAAAAAUGCAAGACCUGCUAUUUGUCCAAACCUGGGUUUCAUCGAACAGCUCCACAAGUACCAAGAGUUCAUUAGGCGACAAGAUGUGCACGAGAAGACAGACUGACCGGAAGCGUAACUUUCUUUAUAUUUAUAUUUGAUUCUCAUUAAUACUCACCCUUUCUUCUGUAACAGAAUACAUGUCUUGCGUUUGGGGGGAAUGGAAAUGUUUCGUUUUCAUGUUUUAAUUAAAAAUUGUUUUUGUUCACUGCAAAGUGUUGGUUUAUAAUGAGGCACAGCUGAAGAAUUGCAAGAGUACAAAUCUAUAUUAUUAAAGUCUUUUUUAGAAUGGUGCUUAUUCAGCUGGAAAUUUAAGCAUAGAUUUUGACUGUUUUGUGAUUAAAAGUCUUACUCUAAUUAUGUCUCCUUUUUUCAAAUUCUGUAAUUUUUAAUUUAGGUUAAAAUAUAUUACAAUUUCAAAUUUUUAUUUAAGUUCCACCAAAGAAACGUUUUUGUUUUUUUUUGACUAUGUGUAUAUUAUUUUUGGUAAAUUAAAUUAGUUAUUUUCGUUAAAUUAAAAUAGUUAUGUGUCAAGGUGUAUUAUCCUGUAGAAAUGACAUAAACAUUCUUGAAUACAGCUGCCACUGACCAGUUUGGAAUGUUUAAUCCACAUUAGCCGUACGUUUUGAGUUGUCUCUAUCUAUAAGCCUCUCUGUGUUUGUGCCUAUGUCUCUCUGCUUACAAAAAAAGGUUUCCCUGGAGAACAUAUCUUUGGGUAUCACAUCCCUCAGUAAUAAUGGACAAGGAAAAAAAAAAGAUAAUCUCCUGAUGGAUGUAGAUGUUUAUCACAACGAUACAUGUAGUUAGGUACCAAAAAGACUGUGGUGAGACCAGAUGUGAUAAAACUCUAUAUACAGUGCAAAUGCAAAAAUUGCUGUAAUGCAUCACCUGCAUAUUUCAACUUUAAAAAGGCCUCCUUGGGCACAGAAUCUCUUAUGUUUACUAUCCCAAAGUUCCCAGCUUGACAUAUGAAUGAGCACAGACAGACAUUGUGCUUUGGACUUCAUACUGCAUUUCUGCAGAUACCCUUGGCAAUGGACACAGUUUUAAACACAGCUUUUUUUAAAAAAAAUUUUUUUUAUUGGAUUAUAACCCAUGCGUGGGUUAAAAGAAGGGGAAAAAAGCUGUGACCAGAAACCAGCCGUGGACUGCAUUUUCGACCUUGUGGGUUUCAUUAACCUGACCAUAUCCUACAAAUCAGAAUCUCAGAGUAUUCGUGUCUCCCCCAGAGCACGGAUCUUGCAUACUAUGCAAAGAACUACAUGGUUCCCCCUCCCCAUAUUUAUGUUGUGGGUCAGGACAGUGACGUGAGUGAAUUUGAAUUACUGGAGACACAUGGCUUGGGUAGGAGCCAGAAAGUAGCAAUGACAAGAUAGUCUUGCGAUCAUUUCAUAGAAUAUGACCUAUACCAACAAUUGCUAGAAAUUGUUUUGUAUUUGGGACAAUGGGGCAGCCGCAGUUCAUUGUGGGUUUCUUUGACGAAUGUGUAAAUAGUAAUUAUCGAUAAAAAUGUGUCUCCCAAUUUGUUGGUAUACUGUAUAUACUGUCCUACAGAGAUCUCCCUACCCCUCUUCUCUGUCCUCCCAUCUUUGUUCUUUCAGGGUUUUUUUUCCUGAUUCUUUUGAAAUAAUCAUCUUCUUUCUACUCUGCAGUAGAGCUGUAUUUAUAUGCUUUUGAGUGUUUUUUUUUUUUUUUGGAUCAGUUUGGUAACUGAUGUAUGCAAUGGAUAAUUAGACUGUUGUGCUUUGGGUCACGGUGUACAUUUUUAUUUUAUUCUACAGUUUGUUUAAUAUCUUACUAAAAAUACCGCUUUUCUUUAU